CCAGAAAAAUCGAAACGGACGACGGUGGAGGGCAACGGACGACAGGCCUAUUCCUGUCCCCUUCAUACCGUGCGGGCCCACUAGAAAUCCCUCCACACGAGCCUCAGCCAAUAGCAUUCCGAGGAAACGGAUGGCUUCUCCCCUCCCAGCCAAUCCCCUUCGAGAUAAGGCCCCUCUGUGGGCCCCAAAAAUCCCUUUCACUUCUGCCAAACCGCCACGACCCUAAAAGCGCACCGGUGGGCCACUCCCACUCCCAUAAUUGCACCACCCCGCUCGUCCCCCCUUCCUAAUCGUAAUCAACUCCCGGAUAUUUCCCCUUUUUUCUUCACCCACUUUUGGCCCGGGGUAGCAUAAUCCUAGUUUUGUGCGAAAAGUCUGGCAUGAGCCACCACCACUGCGACAAGCAGCGCUCCUCCGCCGGCGCCCUCGGCGCCAAGACGGCCCGCGCCUGCGACAGCUGCCUCCGUCGCCGUGCCCGCUGGUACUGCGCUGCCGAUGAUGCCUGUCUCUGCCAGGCUUGCGACUCCUCCGUCCACUCCGCUAACCCCCUCGCCCGCCGCCACCACCGCCUUCGACUCAAGACCACCUCCUUCUCCCCUCCUUCCUCCGCUAGUUCCGAUGAUGCACCCCCGCCGUGGCUCCACGGCUUCAGGCGUAAGGCCCGCACCCCUCGUGGCAAGCCAGCGCCGGCCGGACCUCCGAAGUUAGAGCCACUCGUGCCGGACCUCGAGGCGGAUGAGAAGCUGCACACCGAGGAGGAGCACCUCCUCUACCGCGUGCCCAUCUUCGAUCCCGCCCUCGCCGAAUUCUGCUCCCCGCCGGCGCUCGACGACGCCAACGCUCUUACCGACGAGGCGAAGCCUGCGGUGCAGCAGCCGCCCGAGCAUGCGCACGUUCCUGCAGCUGCUGCUGGGUUCCACCCAUCCGACCUGGACCUCGCCGAGUUUGCAGCCGACGUGGAGAGCCUCCUCGGUCGAGGGCUCGAUGACGACACGUUCUGCAUCGACGCGCUGGGCCUGAUGGAUUCGGCGGAGGAUGACAACAAGGGGCGAGUGAAGGUGGAGCUGGACGUCGAUGCAGGGGGCGAAAGGACCGACUUCGUGGCAUGUGACAUAGAUGUGGAGAUCGAUCUUUCUCGGGAGACUCUGGACCUUGACUUCGGCUGUGGAUCUCCGGCAGCAGUGGAGGACCUCGAAGAGCAGGAAGCUGCAGAAGAGGCAGCCAUGGCGUCCGAUGGUGGCUGUGGAACGGAAGCAGUGGCGGCAGGUAGGAGGAUGACGCUGAGGCUGGACUACGAGGCGGUCAUCGCUGCGUGGUCUUGCAAGGAUUGCUCCCCGUGGACCGACGGGGAGCGGCCGCAGUUCAACCCGGACGACUGCUGGCCGGACUUCACGGGCAUGAUGUGGGGCGGCGCAGGUGGUGGACGGGAGGUGGCACCGGUGUACGGAGAGUUGGGGAUGGUGGCGGGGGACGGAGGGAGGGAGGCGAAGGUGACGAGGUACCGGGAGAAGCGGAGGACGAGGCUGUUCUCGAAGAAGAUACGGUACGAGGUGCGGAAGCUCAACGCGGAGAAGCGGCCACGGAUGAAGGGUCGCUUCGUCAAGCGCGCGGCGUUCCCGGCCGUGGGGCCCGCGGCGGCCUCCUUUCCUUUUUGACGACCGUUGCCGGGGGAACAAAACCGCAAACGACGGAGCAGUAGUUCCGUGCUGGUGGCAGUGCCUCGCCGCUCUUUGAUAUGCUGUACAAAUAAUAACCCUCUCUCUCUCUCUGUCUCUGAGAUUUGCCGUUCUUGUUGUUUUCAGUACUUCUGUGUAGGUGGGCCUCUUUAUGUGCCUAAACCUCAAUCAGAUGUGGCUGGUUAUGCCUCCUUUGUUGCUGGGACGAACAGUUCGUCCCAGUUUCAUGUCAUCAGUGUAAAAACGUCUUUGGUCUACAAAUAAUAGAUGGAAGUAGAUUUAUGAUAGAAAA